UGAACCGGAUGUUGUCUGAAUGUCAGAGACGGUGUUUCACAUGUCUCGGUGAUUUCUCUGCAGUAAUGUAGAGUGUUUGUAUGUAUUUGUUUAGUGGACGGUAGCAGGUUACAUUUGUGUGAGGAGGAAAAUGUCUUUGAGAGGAGUGAGCCGAUGUGUGCGGCUGCUGUUUGCUCACAUUCAUUCAGCUGCGGCCACAAACCACACAGCUCGGUGUCUGAGUCAGGCAGCCUCCCAGCCAAGGCCCAUCGCUGAUGAAAAUGAAGCCGUGAAUCCGACCUUUGUGAACAGAAACCCGAGGAACCUGGAGCAAAUGUCUCUGGCUGUGAAGGACCGAGGCUGGAAGACAGUCUGGCCUCACCGGGAGUUCUACCACAGGUUGGUGUUUUCUCGCACUCAGCAUCACGUGACAGCAGAAGUGUUCUCCAGCAGCUCUCCUGUCCCGGUGCUCUCCUGUUCAACCAAGGAGUGGGCAGUGAAGAAGGAGCUGGCUUCAACAAACUGCGUGGCAGCGUGUCAGGCUGUGGGCGACGUGCUGGCACAUCGAUGCCAUCAGGCCGGCAUCACCAGGAUGGUUUACAAGGCCAUUCCCUGGACGUACCGCUCUGACGCUGUUCAAUCUUUCAGGGCAGCAAUGAAAAAUGGUGGAAUCACCCUCAGUGAGCCCAGAAGGAAAUACGUCGGGACCUGAAUUGAACUUUAAUCUGUCACAUCUGUUUUAUAAAAUGAGUAAAAAUGUCUAGAAAUUGUGACUUUACUGGUUAAGAUGAUCACCAUCACAGUACAUGACAUGAAUCAAAUGUGAGUGGUGAAAGUAAAGCCUCUUGUUGCUGUGGUUCGUCUCCUCUCGUGGAUUAAAUGUUUCUGAACAACA